GGAUUUCUCACACACUCCUGUUAACCAAACACAACGCUUGCUCUCUCCACCCUGUGACACACAACUAGCUUUCUACUUCUCUGGUACAGGUUCAUUGCAGUGCAAAGAUGUGUUCCAUCUGCAGCUCAAAAUAUCUGCCUGUGGUCAUGAUUCUUCUGGCAGUAGUGAGCACGCUGGCCAAUCUGCUCCUGCUUUUCCCUGGAUUCACUUAUAAAUACCUGUUGGAAAAUAAUAUUACUCCAGAGGCAACAUGGUGCACAGGAAUAUGGGCUUCUGGAUUUGUAGCGCUUGUGGCUAUUCGUGGCUUUGGAUCAAAUGAUACAAAAAAAGGAUGCUGUCAGUUCAGAGCAAAUAUGCUGUGCCGAGUAGCCUACGCAGUUGUGGCUUUGGUUUUUGCCGGCCUCUGUUUCCAGUUCAACAGUACGGGACUGACAAGAGGACCAUUGUGUCUGCACAACGGAACUGAGGGUCUUAAGUGGGACAGACCCCUGAGACUUAUGAAUCUGGAUGCAAAAAGUUAUCUGUAUGAGCCAGAGAGAUGGGCCUCUGCCUGUGAGGAGCCUCAUGAUGUUAUAGUGUGGAACAUUGUCCUGUUCGCUACCAUCAUGGCAGUCAAUGGACUUCAGGCUAUAUUCUGUGUUGUGCAGAUCCUUAGUGCUGUACACGGUGCGAUAUUUGGACCUGGAAAGAACAAGGUUAUUCAUGCUUGAAGAACCCAAAGGACUGUUUUAAUCCCUGAAACUGAUUGUAUGCACCUUUACUUUUCAAUGGCUGAAGAGCCUACACAAUUAUUGUGUAUAGUUCCUGCGUGCAGCACUUUGCAGAGAGACGCAGACUUUCUUAGCUGGUGCUCUCAAGGUGCAACCCAGGGCACAACACCAGCGGAGAAGAGCUCAAAAUUUUUUAUGUACAUCUUUGAUCUUGGAAUUUUCUGUUUUCAGUGCAUAAGUUUAAGUGUUUCAGUACUUCAGUAUCUCCACUUCAGUGUAGAUAAAAUACAGUUGCAUUUUCAUUGCUUUACCAGUCUGAAAUGGUUUGAGCUGAACUUGUUUUCCUGUUACAAUACCCUAGAGGUCGCUGUAGCUGCACUAUUUUUGCUUUUACUCAGUACAAGGUUGGAGAAAGCAGAAAAUAGAAAUCUAUGUGUAAGUAAAAAAUUGUU